AAACAAUCGAUUAGUAAACAUAUUUACAUUGAUAAUUAAAAUCAUUUUAAAAUUUUAAUUCUUGAAAUGGAAGAGAUUUCUGAAAUUUCUGAAACUGAAAAAGUUCGAAUAGUGUCUGAUUUUAUUCUACAUGCACCUCCUGGAGAGUUUAAUGAAGUUUUCAAUGAUGUUCGUGUUUUAUUGAAAAAUGAUAAUUUACUUAAAGAAAAAGCUGGCUCAGCAUUUGCACAAUAUAACAAGGAUCAGUUAACUCCAGUUCGACUUGAUAGUACUGAUUCAUUCGCACUUAUUUCGGAAUUUAAUGAUCUAGGUGGCGGACGAUUUUUCGAUCCCCGUACGAAGCAAUCUUUUAAAUAUGAUCACUUGAGAAAAGAAGCAUCAGAAUUCCAAAACUAUGAGCCAGACGCAAUUGCUGAGCCAUGGCGUUCCGCUCUAGAUGUAGAAGCAAUUCAAUAUACUGCCAAUCAUUAUCGUCGUGGCGUGUGCUCUGUUUUUGGUCGCAAUGACGUGUCUACAAAUCAGAUCACAUUGUCAUUGUGUAUUGAAGAUCAUCAGUUUCAGCCUCAAAACUAUUGGAAUGGUCGAUGGCGUUCGCAAUGGAAUUUUACAUUCUCGAACACAGGAUCGGGAGCAGCAGAGGUUAAAGGUGUACUAAAAGUUCAGGUGCAUUACUAUGAAGAUGGAAAUGUUCAGCUUGUGUCAUCUAAAGAAUGCCGCGAGUCUGUCAUUAUUACGAAUGAAGUGCAAACUGCAAAGGAAAUUAUAAAGUUGGUUGAAGAUAGUGAACAAGAUUACCAGAUGGCAAUAUCAGAAAACUAUCAAACCAUGUCUGACACGACGUUUAAAGCACUUCGAAGACAGUUGCCGGUCACGCGAACAAAAAUUGAUUGGGGAAAAAUUGUGUCGUAUUCGAUCGGAAAAGAAUUAAAAACGCAAUAAUAAUAAUAAUAAUAAUGAAUUUUGCUAAAUACGACAUGUCAGCGUUAUGAUGUUUUCCCUUAUUCACUCGAGUUUACUUAUCAACAAUUAUUCUCCUAUAUCGUUACGUUUUCAUGAACACUAUCACCAAAUUAACAAAUAAUUGAAUUCUUUUUCUCUCGCGUUAAAGUCAAAACAUUAGAAUCACAUAAGUUCCCCAAGAAUUAAUAUUACUCUUUACAUUUUACAAGUUAAUUAAUAAAGAGAGAAAUCAAGGUUUAAAUGAUUACUUUUGUUUGAAAUUGUAUUAAUUAGACAUCAUUCUUAUAUUAAUUAUUCAAAAACUUUUUCUUAGUAUAAGAUAUAAAUUACCUAUUUUAUUUUUCUAAAACUUAUAAGUAUUAAACAUGAAAACCUUAACGAAUUAAAUUUUUAACGGGAAAAUUAAAUAAACAUUUAGCUAAAUUUUGACAAAAAAUAUGAAAACACUUAUAGGGAGAGUUAUGGUAAAGCUUAAAUAAAGACAUUUUCCCA